GAGCAUAAACAAUCAUCAGCGAGCCGUAGAGUGUGUUAUUUGAGCGUAAGCAAUAACAAUAAAUCAGUCUAGUUUGGUUUAAGAAACUUUUCGGAGCAGUAAUAUUUCAAAACGCCAAGUAAAAUAAGUAUCAAGUCAAGACGCGCCAACUUGUAAUUUUUAGUCAAACUCAUUUUUUCUUAAGGAACAUUACAGACAGCCAGAUUUUCUGUGCUCAAGCAGUAACUAAUGGCUGGAAAGGUUCUCUGUGAGGCAUCAAAACUGUACAACAUCCUAAAUCAAUACACUCAUCUACCAAGGCUUGCAGAGAGCAACUAUCUUUGUCUGAUUGAUGCCCGUGCAGCAGAAUCAUAUAACUUCAGUCACAUCAUUACUGCCAGAAAUGCAAAAUGGGAUUCUGAUGGGAAGUUUAUUAUGCCCUUGGAUGUUGAUGUUGAAAGUAUGAGGUAUAUCAUUGUUUAUGACAGUAGCACACAUUCUCUGUCAGAUUCAGGUCCAGCUAUAGAUUGUGCAGACAGCAUAGAAAAAGCAAGCCAAUUUCCAGUUCAGAUUCUUAGUGGAGGCUAUGAGAAGUUUUCUGCACUCUACCCUUUCCUAAGAACGCAAAAGAUUCUUUACAGUAUUAGGGAAUUGGAGAGCUUGAAUCCCUAUCCUGUGGAAAUCUUGCCAGGCAAACUUUACAUGGGUGAUUACAGGCAGGCCACAAACCUUCAAAUCCUUAAAGAUCUGAAGAUGAAUGCACUUGUCAAUGUCUCUGAUGAAUGCAGUCUAGUGUUUAAAAAGGCAAACUGCACUGUCUUGCACAUCCGAAUUGCAGAUUCUUCAGAGGCAGAUUUGAUCGCUUCAUUUGAGAGAAUGUGUGUUUUUAUUAGUAAGUGUAUUGGGUUAUUUUUUUGUGUUUUGUUAUUCUCUGCUCUUGGAGUAAGCCGAUGCAGUGCUGUAACAAUGGCAUAUCUUAUGCACCACCUCAAAUACACACUAAAGGAGGCAUGGAAUCAUAUUCAGAAAUGCAAAGCCAACAUGAGGCCAAAUCGAGGAUUUGUACAGCAACUUUCUGACUGGGAACUUCAGACUCUUGGGAAGAGAGUGACAGAUAUAUCUGAACCCAACUACUGACAAUAACAAAAUUUAACAGAAA